AUGACGACCCCGUUAACAAACCAUCCAGGGGACUCUAAACUAAGUCUACUUAGUAAGACACUUUCGAGUCACCUGAGUACUUGGGGUACUAACAUAUUGCUCCUUAAAGCCUUUCAAAUAAUUAUUUCAGUCUUUGCCGCGCCUAUACACACUGGAACAAGGGUUGAGGGUUUAUACAAACCUGGCAAAAUUGGGUGCUCGGUGUCCGGCAAAUGCGGGUAUGCUGAAGCUGGCUGUAAACUGCUGUGCUUGAAGGCAAGAGGGAAGCGCCAACGUAGUAAUGCAAAAGAACGCGAGGCACCAGCUGAAUGUAUACACUAUAUGAUUGUAUACUACGUACAUCUUCUGAGUCUUCGGAAGGAAGGUAGAGAGUUUGUAUCUGCAUUGUAUAUUUUGCUGGGGCGACAAUAUCAAGAUGACUCACCGCCGCUGCCAGCAGCGCAGCUGGGCCGUCUGAGCCUGAGGAGUGCGGCCCGAGCUCCAGCCCAGCCGCACACCCCUGCAGUGGCACCCGGCGGCGCAAGCGCCGCAUGCCGGCCAGCAUGCAGGGAGGCAAUCCAGCUCCUCAAAAGUCUGCGCGUGUGCAGCCAGAGGCUCAGCUGCGGCGGUGUCCCAGGCAGCAUGGGCAGCAGGAGGCUGCUGCGCCGCUUGUGCCCCAGACCACUGCCCAAUACUACACUACCAGGACUUUGCGGCACCCCUUCUGGACAGCCUUUUCGAUCACUGAAGUGGUUGGACAAGCCUGCCGCGUCUGCUGCAUUCCUAUCAAGUGAGAUAUUGGGCUGGCUUGGUAGUGACAUCCUUCUUGUCGUUUUCAUGGCAUGCUUCCAGGCAGAGCCAACUCCACAGGCUCUGCCCAUACAGGCAGAGCCUCCAGAGCAGGAUGGGCACGCCAGCAAACCUGCAGACGCCCUCCUGGCGCUGGCAACGCCCUCCCCGCCCGCCGCUGUGGAGCCACCCUCACCACUCUUGCUGACCGCCGUUCCCCACCAUGUUGCCACGCAGCGCACAGGUGGCAGAAAGAAGCAGAGAGGACCGAGGCGCCUUUUGAAACCUAUGGAUUUGGCGUUCCCUAUUCAGACAGAUGGCGAGGUAGCUCUCUUUUUCAGCCUGCACAGUGACUCAGCCAUGAAGAAUCGGGAUGGCUCCGACAAUUUUGUCAACAUGGCUACACAGUUCAACGCUGCCUGGUAG